AUGAUAUUAAACCUGUUUGACCAAUUUCUCACGCCACAAAUACUAGGUAUCCCACUGAUCCUAUUAGCAAUACUUCUACCAACCAUACUCUUCACACCACCAGCCCGCCUCGUACCAACCCGCCUAGGGGCAAUCAAGCUCUGACUGACCACAAUAUUCACAAAGCAACUAAUACAACCAAUCAACCAACCCGGCCACACAUGAACACUCCCGCUACUAAUGCUAAUAUACUACCUACUAACAACAAACCUCCUCGGGCUUCUACCAUACACAUUCACACCAACAACACAACUCUCAAUAAACAUAUGCCUUGCAACCCCAAUAUGACUGACAACCAUCCUAAUUGGAUUCCGAAACCAGCCAACACAGGCACUAGGACACCUUCUGCCACUGGGCACCCCCACCGCACUAGUCCCAGCCCUUAUUCUCAUUGAAACCACUAGCCUCUUUAUUCGCCCAAUCGCCCUAGGAGUUCGACUGACCGCCAAUCUUACAGCAGGCCACCUGCUUAUCCAACUAACAUCCACCGCCGUACUAGCCAUAGCAUCACUUUCCACCACAACCUCUCUUGCCCUCUUCUCACUACUCCUGCUCCUCACAUGCCUGGAACUCGCGGUUGCCAUAAUUCAAGCAUAUGUUUUCGUCCUACUUCUCAGCCUGUACCUACAAGAAAAUGUUUAAUGACCCACCAAGCCCACAGCUACCACAUAGUUGACCCAAGCCCAUGGCCACUUACCGGGGCCAUCGCAGCACUCCUUAUGACAUCCGGCUUGGCCAUGUGGUUCCACCACAACCAGGCCCUAUUACUCAUCACAGGACUAACCGUAACCCUACUCACAAUAUACCAAUGAUGACGAGACAUGGUUCGUGAGGGCACCCACCAAGGCCUACACACAUGACCAGUCCAACAAGGACUACGCUACGGAAUAAUCUUAUUCAUCAUUUCGGAGGUCUUCUUCUUCAUUGGCUUCUUUUGGGCAUUCUACCACUCAAGCCUGGCCCCAACACCAGAACUUGGUGGCCAAUGACCACCAAGUGGCGUAUCCCCAUUAGACCCGUUCGAAGUGCCCCUAUUAAACACUGCAGUCCUACUG